AUGUCCAUGUGCAGCGGCGAACUCAUAGUGGCAUUUACUCUGCUAUUCACCACGGCCCACGCCGCCGAUGCCGACAUCCUCGAGACAUCGCGGCUCAGAGCAUCGCGCGGCGGCUCAGCCUACGGCGGUUGGACGUUCGACGGGGAUCGGCUUGAUAGCGAUUCCAUCGUCUACUCAAUCGGCCUUGGCACAGACCUCUCGUUCGACUUGAAGCUGAUCAAUAUGUACAGGUGCCACGUGCACGGCUUUGACGACACACCCGUCUCCACCGCAUUUCUGCGCCGACAAAACGUGCCCCGCAAAUUCCAUUGGCACCGCUUCGUGCUGGGCGACAGCGACCAGAACCUAACUCUGCAGCUUCCGGUGGGACACGGUGCGUCAUAUGCCGCAGACGGCGUCGGCUCUGCGCGAGGCUUCAAGAAGGGCACAGGUCACACUGCGCGGGCGUUGCGGAUCACGACAAUGAUGGCGAUGCUAAAUCACUCAAGGCUCGAUCUGCUCAAAAUCGACAUCGAAGCAUUUGAAUUCCGAGUCUUCAACGCGAUGCUCCUCGACAGCAGCGAACAGAAGCCAGCCGUUCUGCGCCUUCCCGCGUGCCAGCUGCUCCUCGAAUUCCACUCUCGCCUUAGCCCGCUAGGCUACCAGGCAAAAGCCGACGCGCUGCUGGCGCUCCAGUCCCUCGGCUUCACUCUGCUGCACAAUGUCGUGCGCCCGUCUGGCGCGGACGACGCCUUCCUGAUGAAUCCAAGAUUUUGUGAACGACCAGUCUCUGGGCACGGCGCGGGGGCGUAG